UCUGCGCCUCCUACUCCUGCUGCUCCUGGCCGUGGCCCUGCCUGCCAGGGCUGCCCAGGCUGCUCCGCUGCAAGCGCGGCGAGCAGACUGGGAUGGCGUCAUGGACUAUCUGGAUGCCCUAUCGGAUAAUGACUUGAAACCCCCGGAGAAUGCUGGAGGUCUUCCUAGAUGGAUGAACCAAGACGCAGGAGACAGCAAGUCACUGGAGGCAGCCAAACUUCUGGACAAGAUGCUGAGUGACCUUGAGAGACGUCGUGAGAUGAAACGAAAGGCUGUGCUGAAGGCUGAGUUUUCCAGAGGAAGCAGUGGCUCAUUGGCAGCCUCUGCUGCAGGAAGGGAGGCGAUGCCAGGCACAGGCCCAGGAGGUGAGGGUGCUGGGAUAGGUUCUCCAGCAGCUGGGAUGGAAGAUGGUUUGGAACCCUUGGGAGCCUCUGCAGGUGUGUCUGCAGGGAGGACUUUUCAAGCUCCAGGUCUGGUUGCUGAACACAAGCCCAGCUCCCAUCGCAGGGGUCCUUUGAGAGGGAGGAAAAAAACUACAAAACAGAGUAAGUCCCUGGAGGAAUCCAACCAAGCAGACCAAAUCUUGACUGGACUGGAGAGACAACGUGAUAUGGACCAAAAAGCUUUACGGAAGGCAGCACUUCCUGGAGGAAACGAUGGCUCAGUGCCAGCCACCGAUGCACAAAGGGAGGAGAUGCCAGACAGUGCCACAGAAGACGUUAUCAAUGAAACAGGAAUAUAUGCCCCGGAUCCAGUGCGCCUCCCAAGAAUUGUCUGCCCCCAGGAUGUGCGCAGGACCUGCAUGAUAGGCACGGUGGUGACAGUGUUCACUGUGCCACUUGUGCUGAUAGGCUGCUAUUUUGGCAUUCGUAAGCUGUACGAGCACAGAGGUGCUUUUUCCCGUUAUUUGAUAUAGUCAGUGAUGGCCUAAUUAUCCCAUGGCUGAAUUAAAAGACUACGCAGAUGCAAACCGGUAUGAUUCCAUUAAAAAAGCUGGAAAGCAGCUCCUGGAGAAGAGGGCAUACAUCUGUUCCCACCCUCUGGACAGGACCUUCUGAUUCCUCCCUGAGAGCAGACACUCAUGAAUGUCAGUCAGGGAGGAAUUUGCUGCAGUUCCAGAAUGUGGCAUCUUAAAAGCAUCUGCUAUUUAAUGUCUUUUCUGAAUGUAACUGUGUAGAAUAAAAUUUC